AUGGCAUCGCGUGGCGGCCCUAGCAUGCGAUUCCCAAGAUGGGGUGGGGCGGCUGGAGGACGUAUUCAACGCGUCAAAACACAUGUUAUCCCAUUCACAGAUCACUCUGGGCGCGAAGCGCUCAUGGUGUUCGAUGGCUGGGUGUCCUGCCCGCUCCCACCGCUUUUCAGUUUCGCCAUCUACUUCACACAUCCCGAAGUGACCCCGGAGACUGUCAAGCCGGUCGAGGUUCUCGAAGCUAUCAAGCGCAAAACGCCGUUCGACAGCUCGUGUUCGAUCCGUCUGGAACUAUACUUUCUUCCUGCGCCCGACGUGGAUAGCAGUGAUGACGACUGUAUUGCUCAUUAUCGCAAAGAGAAGGCCGCACGGGAAGAUUAUACACGUCAAAUCCAAGAUCUCGAGAACUCAGCCACGGAUGAUGAUGAUGAAGAGCAGCAGCAAGGCGGAGCGAGCGUUCAUGGCGACGACCAAGCCAGACAACUACCUGGUCUAGUGCCUAGCUACAUCGAUCGUCCAAGUUCUGACUAUUAUCACGGAAUUAUCUUCCGUUAUCCAGGUGCGGAUUGGUCCACGGACAAGCGUCUAGCACGCCGCAUUUAUCUUGAUCGAAUUUCCGAGGAGGAAUAUGCUCGCGUAACAGAGGGAAAUGAUGAAUUCUAUCGCCUUCCUCCGGUAUACGUUUCUCCUAUGCCGUUCCAGGAGAGCAACACUACUGAAGUAGGAGAGAGAUUUGUGGGCAUGGCUAUGUUUGACGCUGCAAAUGCAAGAACGAAAAACGAGACUAUUAGCCCCUGGCAAGAAGCGCGGGAGCGAGGCUGGAAGUCAUGGUGA